AUCUUUCAAAGCAUCAGCCUCUGUCUAGCUCGCUCUCGUUUUCGCUCGCAUUUGAUCGUCAGUGCCGUGUCAGUGUGGAGUGAUUGUAACUCGUUGAAAUUAUGCUAAAAAUCAUUAAUUAUUCAUUUCGACGGGCUUCCCAUUUUACUGAGGUCUCCAAAGUAUUGUCACGAUCAAUUCAUCUUACCAGAGAAAUGAGUGGAAAUCGUGUAGCUGUGGUUUUAUCAGGAUCAGGUGUCUAUGAUGGCAGUGAAGUUCAUGAGGCUUCAGCUGUAUGGGUUCACCUUAGUCGGGGUGGAGCUGACGUAUCAUUCUUUGCUCCAGAUGUUACUCAGAUGCAUGUUAUAAACCACACCAAAGGAGAGCCAAGUGAGAAUGAAACAAGGAAUGUAUUGGUGGAGUCCGCACGUAUUGCUCGGGGAAAGAUUGCUGCUCUUUCUGGGCUCAGCAGUGGGGACUUUGAUGCUGUGGUCUUUCCAGGUGGAUUUGGUGCUGCCAAGAACUUGAGUGAUUUUGCAGUGAAUGGGGCUGGCUGUACCGUAAAUACAGAUGUUGAAAGGGUUCUUAAGGAGUUCCACCAAGCUAAAAAACCAAUUGGUCUGUGCUGCAUUUCACCAGUCCUGGCUGCCAAGGUUAUCCCAGGCUGUAGUGUAACGGUUGGCCACGAAUCUGAGGAAGGCGGAAGGUGGCCAUACGCUGGAACAGCUAAAGCAAUUCAAGAGAUGGGGGCAAAGCAUGUUGCCAAAGAUGUCACAGAAGCCCAUGUCGAUGAGGAGAACAAGAUCGUGACAGCCCCUGCAUUCAUGUGUGAAACCAAGGUUCAUGAGAUCUUUGACAGCGUUGGAAGCAUGGUCAACGGAGUCCUUAAACUUUGCUGAAACCCCUCUUAAAAUGAUCAAGAGUUCAAAUAAAGUUCUGGGCCCUGUCAUACAAAGAGCUACGAUUGAUCCAAUCAGCAACAACUAUGGAGAGCCAUCAACAUCUAAAAUAUUUGUUCACAAUAUUUUCUAGAUGUGAUGUAUAUUCAUACAUUCAUAGUUUUCUUGAAAAUUCAGUUUGCUUCUCUUUGUUUACAAAGGACAUUGUGCAAAUUUCCUCAAGAAAAAAUUAUGACAUUGAUGGAGUUCCAUAUACUUGAGGUUGAUCGGAUCAAUCGUAACUCUUUGUAAGACAGGCCCUGUCUUGCAAAGACAACCAUAGUUUAAAAGAUAUUGGAAUAAUGAAUGCUUGCAAUCUCGACUAAUCACUGAAUUAAAGACAGUGACAAUCAUCGGUUAAUUGUGCCAAUUUUUAAUCCAUAAUCCAAAACUACUUUGAAAAUUUAUUUACAAAUUGUUGCAAUUUCAGCUCAGACAUAAUGAAUGAUAACUUCCAUGACAUCAUUAGUUAGUGUUCAGCUCUUCAAACAAACAUAUGCAUGGAAUCAUCUCAAAGUUAGUUGAUUUUAGAUGUUAUGUUACUUAAUUAUAUAAUGGAGCCAAUAAGUAUUAAAAUCAUAUUUUGAAGCAUUUUUGACAGAAUAAUGCAUGGUUUCUUGGACAAUGAUGGAUAAUAAGAUAUAACAUUUUGUUAAAAGGACUAUCCGUUUCAGUCCCUCCAUUAGUCUGACCUAUCAUCUUAUCCAGCUACACCUGAAGUCCAGACGAUCAUCAACCGCAUCUCAUCUGAUACAAACAUAUUUGAGAGAUGUAGAAGUACACUUUCUAUGAAAAUUUACUGUGUACAGGAGUCUAUCUCAAUUUGUCUUUAAAAUCUAUUCCUUGGCAUUGUGGAUAAUUGUUAUCAAAGUAUCAACAAUAUGUAUGUGGUUCUUUGGAUAAGAUGAGAAAAAAGGAAUUUCAAAUUUGGAUGAAGAAUGAAUAGGAAACUUACCAGAAAAUCCAGCACUUUAUUCCAGGAAUCCAGAUAUAGGGUUGGGCUGUAAUUGAGUUUCGAUAUUAGUAAUGGAUUAAACCCAUUGAUUUAAUGCAAUUACUUUAAAGUACUCUGUACUUUUCUUAAAGAAUGAAAAAAAAAUGUUGUUUGUAUUCAUUAAAUGAAACAAAUGCAAUUUAUACUUCCCAGUUAUUUCAUCUCAAAUCAUGACAGAAAACUGCAGUGCUUGAACGGUGAGAUAGUUUAUGAGAUUUUAGACUUUAAUACUGCUCAAAGUAGUUGUAUUUAUGAUUUGCACCUUGUUCUCCAAACUGCGCAGAACAGAUGUAAAUGAAACUUCUAAAGUUUAUGAAUGUGAAAAAAUAUUUUGUCUAUAUCAUGUGAAAACUUAAUAAAUGCUUGUAAAGUUUGA